CCACCUCUUCUCCUGUCACCCUUGCUCUCCCAGCUGGAUGUUCCUACAAAUGCAAGACACAAGCCAAUAACACCGGCAAGAAAGGAGCUUGCUGAGGGCAGUGUUUGGAGAAAGCUCUCAGGAGGCUGUCGGAAAUGAGUUUUUCACUGAACUUCACACUGCCGGCCAACACAGUGAGUACAGCAGUCCCCGCUCACCAGACUUCCUCCCCAGCUGUUACCAGUGGGAAAGGAGCAGACUGUGGACCCUCUCUUGGGUUAGCAGCUGGCAUCCCAUCCCUGGUGGCCACGGCCCUGCUGGUGGCUUUACUAUUUACUCUGAUUCACCAAAGAAGAAGCAGCAGUGAGUCCACCGAGGAAAGUGAGAGGCCUUGUGAGAUUUCAGAAAUCUAUGACAGUCCCAGGAUAGCUGAGAAUCCUAGGAGGUUACCCACGCAGGAGAAGAAUAUCAUGGGAGCAGAAGAAGCCCACAUAUACGUGCAGACUGUUUCAGGAAGUGAGGAGCCCAUUCGUGACACUUACCGUCCUGCUGUCGAAGUGCAGAGAAGGAGGGCGUUGUGGUGGCUUAUUCCCAGACUGAGCCUGGAGUGAUGCAGCACAGCCAAGGAGCAGAUCUGGAGCUGGAACAGAGCUGAGCACACAGGGAUUUGUGCUCGGAGAGAGGAGAGACGCCACGCUGCUUCUUAACCAAUCCAAGUUUCAUUUGCAGAUCCCGAAAACUUUGGGGUUGACUUUACUCUUUAAGGGACAGACCUGGUAAGGUUCAUUCCAACGCUCAGACCUUGUGGUUUAAUAAGCAUUGAAGUCAUUGUGCAUCAAAAGGAGCCCUUGGGUCCUGCUCUUGACCCCGGUGGGGAUUUGCUUUUCUUUGUGAUUUGGGGAAGGGGGUUUGAUUUCUCGAUGACUUGCCCCCUCAUCUUCUUUCAUAUCCAUUUUCUCAAAAAAGCCGUCAGACCUGGCUUCCAUGGGCAGGUUGGCCAAGGCUAGCAUGGUGCAAGUUGGGAUA